AUGGCACUAAGCCAGUUACUGUAUCUACUGUCUGCUUGUAGAAUAUGGCUGACCUAUCCUGCAUGUGGUGUUCUCGCCAUGCUCCUUGAUCUCACAAAUGAAGUGUCUCCUCUCACGCUGAUGGUGAUGUCUCUGGAGAGAUAUGUAGCUGUGUGCUACCCACUGAGGCACGCUACCAUCAUCACCAUCAGAAACACAGGUGUGGCUAUUGUUGUAGUUUGGGCGUUCUGUUCACUAAAUGCUCUCAUCCGAGUUAUUUUGCUGUUAGAUUUUCCAUUUGAAGAACUGGAGAGCCUGCAGAUGAAAGACUAUUGCUCUGACACAGCCAUGUUUCUCAGCCCAAUAUCUCAUGAUUAUAACGAAGCCUUCACUUGUUUUCUGUUUGUAUCAGCUAGUGUGACAGUAACUUGUUCCUAUAUUGCUGUGGUGAUAGCAGCCAGGUCAGCCUCCACAGACAAAGCUUCAGCCCAUAAAGCUCGUAACACACUGCUGCUGCACCUGGUUCAGCUGGGCCUCAGUCUUUCCUCAACUGCACAUGAUCCGUUGUUUAUUGCCAUUUCAAAAAACCUAGACAGAGUAGCCAUUGUGCGCCUCCAGAUUAUUCUUUAUGUAUGUAUUAUCCUUCUCCCAAGAUGUCUGAGUGCUCUAAUCUAUGGCAUCAGAGACCAGACCAUCAGACCCAUCCUCAUUUACCAUCUAUGCUGUCGAUUGAAACUGCCAAGGCUGGGGUCUCACCCUAGGUGA